GUGCGUGUCAGACUCCGUCGUGGUAAGCCGGUGCGCACGGUCCGGUUCGGUGUACGUGUGUGUGAGAGUGUGUGUUCCUGUGUGAGCGAGUACGUUUUUUCGGCAUUUUUUUUUUAUUCAUCUGUUUCGGAUUUCAUUUAUUGUUUUUUUUUUUAUCUCUUAGUGUGCGCCCACGGGCCAAUCAAUCGCGCGGCACAGUCGUCGUCUGCGUAGGUAGGAUAAGUACCUGCUACGAUAUAAUCACGUGCGAUUAAAUCCGUCGAGUGUAACUUUCCGACCGAUAACCACCGCUGUGUCCGGGUGUUUGAGUCUUGAUAAAAAAAAAAAACAAACAAACAAAUAAAUAAAACAAACGUAGACGUUUCGCAACCCUUCGUCGGGAUGAUCGGCGACGACUCGCAGCGUCGGCCGUACGGAGACAACAUCGCGUCGAUCCGACGGACCGUUUGACGAUCUAUUUUCUGCAUAAUAAUAUUAUAUAUAUACAUAUUAUAUUAUACCACAGUGGUUAGGUGCUUGUGCGAUUAGCCACAAGACACAGCUGACAGUGGUCACGUAAUAAUAAUAUACCGAGCUAUAUCUAACUAUUGGUAUUUACCGAACACCUUUGGUGACACGUUUCCAACACUGUUCAGCGGACCGGACGAUGAUCAUAAACAUGUGCACCAAAACGUCGAUCGGUCGGCUGAUCGUUGGCGGUGCCAUGCUGCUGGUGGUCACGGACUUGGUAUCAGGAUCCAUUGAUCAUAAAAUACCAGAUGAAACGAUUUCACCUUUAAUUGAAGCUACGUCCAUAAGGGGUCCUUAUUUUGACAAACUUGCUUCAAAAAACGUCACUGCACUAGUCGGCCACACUGCCUAUUUGAACUGCAGAGUGAGAAAUCUAGGGAAUCGGACGGUCUCAUGGGUUCGACAUCGAGGUAUUCACUUGCUAACCGUGGGUCGGUACACGUAUACCAGUGACCAAAGAUUCCAAGCAAUACAUUCACCCCAGAAUGAAGACUGGACACUACAAAUACGGUAUCCUCAAAUUAGAGAUAGUGGAUACUACGAAUGUCAAGUUGGUACAACGCCUCCAAUUGGGCAUGCAAUGGUUUUAACAGUUGUUGAACCCAUAACAACAAUCAUUGGAGGUCCUGAUAUGUUCAUCAAUAAGGGUAGUACUAUGAACUUAACGUGCAUCAUAAAGCAUAGUCCAGAACCACCGCCCUUGAUUUACUGGACACACGACUCAAAAGAAAUAAAUUACGACUCAGCUAGAGGCGGGGUGAGUGUGAUCACGGAGAAAGGCGAAGUAACCACCAGUUAUUUGCUCGUGCAAAGAGCGACCAGCACGGAUUCGGGAAAAUACACGUGUCACCCAAGCAACGCAAAUCCUCACACCGUCGUUGUACACGUUCUUAAUGGAGAGCAUCCAGCGGCUAUGCAAAAAGGUUCGAAGCUCAGCUUGAAAUCUUCACUAUCAUUCCUCAGCGUUGGCUUGGUGUUAUUUAUUAGCACGUGAUUUACAUAUUGUAAUAUAAUAUUAUAAAUAAAUUUUGAACUGUAAAAUACUAAAAAAAAAAUUAAAACUUUUAAGUUGUACAAUUAUAUGUAUUGCUACAUAAUAAUAUAUAAUCAUACCUAUAUUAUAUUUUCAGCGGUGCAAUAACUGUAUAUUCAAACCAUUGUUUACAUUAUAAAUCUAUAUAAGAUUUAAAAGUACCUACAUACAUUUUUGAAAAAAAGUACCCAACAAUAUAGGCAUGAUGUGUUUUCCCAAAUAUUUAUUUUUUA